AUGAGUUUCCAGUGUGUUGGUCCUCACCUCACGUGCGUGCUGCGAGCGAGGAAGUGGUUACAAGCCGGCAUCGAGAAGUUGUCACAAGCCGGCAUCAAGGGGAACCUCUCUGAUGACAUUGGCACUCUCACCACCCUCACCGCUCUGCAGCUGGACGGCAAUCGGCUCUACGGCUACCUGCCUUGGUCCCUGGGUUACCUCACCAACCUGCAAAUCCUCAACGUGGGCAGCAACCAGCUACAAGGCAUGAUCCCUGAGUCAAUUACGAACCUAAAGCACCUUCACACGCUUCGAAUCGAGCGCAACAAGUUUGACCACGCCCUACCUGCCAACUUAUCAGCGCUCACCAAACUCAGCCUCUUAUUCGCCAACAACAACUCCUUUUCGGGCCCUCUGCCAUCCUUCUUUGGCAGCAUGACCCGGCUUCAGCAGCUAAAGCUCUACUCCAACCCCAUGAGAGGGUCGCUACCGGAGUCCUACUCACAACUCAAGAACCUCACCCACCUCCAUCUGACAGACAUGGAUUUGUCGGGUCCCAUUCCUGAUUCCUGGGGCCACAUGAAGAGCCUCCAGUACUUCCAUUUGAGUGUCAACAAUAUUUCGGGCACACUUCCCCUCUCACUGGGCCAGCUCACCAACCUUGUUGAAUUGUCUGUCGACCACAAUCCGUUUCUGGAGGGAAAGCUGCCGCCCUGCUGGGCUACCAUUCAGUCCCUCGGCAUUCU